UAUUCCUUUUGAGGGAUGGCACGUGACUCGGUGGUAGCGCACAUGUUUUACAUGCAGAAGGUUUCAGGAUCAAUCCCUGGCCCUUCAGGUUGCAGGCGCUGGGAAGCACCUUACUCUGUGAGGUUUUACAGAUGUUGUCAGUCGGAAUUAUUUUUUUGUUUAAUUAUAUUAUACCCAUCCUUUCUUAUCAGUGGGGGCCCAAAGCAGUUUACAUUGGGACCUCAGCAUGGUGUACAGUACCAUAGCGUUCACCUUCCAAAGCAGCCAUUUUCUCCAGAGGCACUGAUCUCUUGUACGGAGACCAGUGGUAAUUCUGGGAGAUCUCCAGCCACCACCUGGAGGUUGGCAACCCUAAUAAGAAUAGACAAUAGCUGGACCAGUCAGUUUUUAAUGUUCAUCAGUGCUAUAUAAGAAAUCAGCAAAAGGAUCACACAGGCCUGUUUUUGAGCUGAGAGGUUUCACUCCCCUGCUCUAUAGUUUUGGAAGUCUACAUGAGGGCUCUUGUCACUGACUGAAGGGGACAGAUGGAUAUGUCUAUGGAAGGAGUUGCACAGUUCUAGUACUAUGACAAGGCCUCUCUGGUUGCCAUCUGUCUGACAUGAGAAGGUGGGGAUACCCAAAGUAAGACCCCACAGUAUGAUCACAGCAGUUGGGCCUUGUUAAGAUAUUUAGAAGAAAUGCCACGGAGAACCAUGCUUUAACAUUGGAGUUCCUCUUUCUCGCCAUCCAUCGCAAUGCCUCUUUCUGACUUUGUUUUGACACUCAAGGACAAUCCAUACUUUGGUGCAGGCUUUGGGCUGGUGGGUGUAGGUACAGCACUGGCGCUGGCCCGCAAGGGGGCCCAGUUUGGCAUGGUGGCUUUCAGGCGGCAUUGCAUGAUCACUCUGGAGGUACCAAGCAAGGACAAAAGCUACUAUUGGUUACUGAGCUGGAUCUCUCAUCAUGCCAAGCACACCCAGCAUCUGAGCGUGGAGACCUCUUACCUGCAACAUGAAAGUGGCCGUGUCAGCACCAAGUUUGACUUUAUCCCCAGUCCAGGGAACCAUUUCAUUUGGUAUCAAAAGAAGUGGAUCCGCAUAGAACGGAAUCGGGAGAAACAAAUGAUUGACUUGCACACAGGCACCCCAUGGGAGUCUGUCACCUUUACAGCAGUAGGCCGCAACCGAAAGAUUUUCUUCAGCAUCCUGCAGGAAGCCAAAGAAUUGGCCCUGAGGCAGCAAGAAGGAAAGACAGUCAUGUUCACUGCCAUGGGUGCUGAAUGGAGGCAGUUUGGCUUCCCACGGCGCCGGCGCCCACUAACUUCUGUGGUGCUUGAUGAAGGAGUUUCGGAGAGGAUUGUGCAGGAUGUAAAAGAGUUCAUUGGCAACCCCAAGUGGUACACUGACCGAGGUAUUCCCUAUCGGAGAGGCUACCUGCUCUAUGGACCCCCAGGCUGUGGGAAGAGUAGCUUUAUCACAGCCUUGGCAGGGGAACUGCAGUACAGCAUCUGUCUCCUGAGCCUGAGUGACCGCAGCCUUUCAGACGAUCGCCUCAACCACCUUUUGAGUGUGGCACCUCAACAGAGCAUAAUUCUCUUGGAAGAUGUGGAUGCUGCCUUCAUCAGCCGAGACCUUGCUGCUGAAAAUCCCAAUGCAUACCAAGGUAUGGGACGCUUGACCUUUAGUGGCCUUCUCAAUGCAUUGGAUGGUGUUGCUUCCUCUGAAGCCAGGGUAGUAUUCAUGACCACCAACCACGUGGACAGGCUAGAUCCAGCUUUGGUUCGCCCUGGCCGGGUAGAUCUCAAGCAGUAUGUGGGAUACUGUUCACAGUGGCAGCUUGUACGUAUGUUCCAGAGGUUCUAUCCAGAACAGCAACCAGCUAUGGCCCAGCAGUUUGCUGAACAAGCCCCUGUGGUCUCUGAUCAGAUCAGUGCUGCACAAGUACAAGGCCAUUUCAUGCAAUACAAGGCAGAUCCAGAUGGAGCCAUUAAAAACAUGCAAGCUCUUGUGUCCUGAUCAUGGGCAAACACUGAGAAGACUCUAUGCAACAUUCCUGAGGUGAAGAGUUUUUGCAGAAGUGACGAGGGUGAUGCUGUUUGUCUACAGACCUCAAUGAGGUCUUCUUUUUCUAAGGAAAAUAAAAGAGUAAACCACCUUCUCCACCACUGUUCCCAGAACAGGAAUAGGGAACAGCCUGAAGGCUAGCAGGCUUCUAUCCAAUUGGAUACUAUAACAUGGACCCAUCCGGAAAAGUGCAUAUUCACACAAGACGGUUUGAGCACAUCACCUGUGACUUCAUGCAGCCACAGAAACUGAAGCUUGUGGGGGAAAUGGAUGGAAUAUAACUGUGAGCUCUUUCUGUCUUUAUGGACUUUCAGUUACUGUGUGGUGUGAGUGGUGACAGAUUCCACACUAAAACCCAAUAACGGUUCAGGCUGUUUGGGUGGAGGAGCAGUUUCAAAUUAUUUCCCCUUCCCACUGGAAAUCCUGCAAAAUAAACCCACAGUUCUGUGGCUUUCUGUAUAAAGAGUCCUUGACUCUCAUGGAUUUGAGACUCAUUGGACUGCAGCAGCAGAGGAAGGCAAAAAGUACCUGCUCCAUUCAAAGAUCUUGUAGGAUCCAGACACUGACAGAUAGGAGAAGGUAGAUCAGCAAAAGUCCAUGCAAGUGAGAACCAGGCUGUGGACUACAGUCUGGUACUGCAGAUUAUAUUGUGCUGAUUGAAUCUGUCAGCCUGAGGGGUGAGAUCGAAUAUAUAUAGAGAGAGAGGGCAUGGUAGAAGGUUACAGGGCAAGUGGAAUAGAUAAGGUUUUAUUUGUCCCCCUCCCCUGCACAACAUUUACUAAUUACUGAGAUCUAUAUAAACCUAUAAGCGGACAAGCCUAGAUAUCUGACCUUGCCAGAUAUCUAAGACAACCAGGGAAGAAGAGUUCACAAUUUUCAUCCUCCAGACACCAGAAUAAAGUUGCCUUGGUAAUGAG